CCCAUGAUACAUGCCGCUACCAUCGAAAGUGCAAACGGGUUGGAAAUCGCAUCACUGGCUCCAGGUUCCAGCAAGAGAAAUUGAAAUGGAGAAAACAGCCAAAAAACGUCAAGUUAACGAUGAUUGCAUGAUGGAGGUAGAGACAGUUAAUGGAAUAAAGGGAAAGGCAAGACAGUAUUCAGCCAAAAAGAAAGCCAAGAAUGUACAAGGUGGAGAACAAAGAAAGAUAUCAGUACCAGCGCACAGAUAUUCACCUUUAAAAGAAAACUGGAUAAAAAUAUUUACACCCAUCACCGAACAUCUGAAAUUGCAAGUACGUUUCAAUGUAAAAACCAGAAAUGUGGAAAUUAGAACGGCACCAGAAACCCCAGAUAUUUCGUACCUCCAAAAAGCGGCAGACUUCGUGAAAGCAUUCAUUUGUGGAUUCGAGGUGGAGGACGCUUUGGCUUUGUUACGUCUGGAUGAUCUCUUUGUGGAAUCUUUCGAGAUACAAGAUGUCAAGCAACAAAUGAAAGGGGAUCACCAGUCUAGAGCAAUUGGAAGAUUAGCUGGCAAAGGUGGAAGAACAAAGUUUACCAUCGAGAACGUAACAAAAACCAGAAUUGUGAUAGCCGAUACAAAAAUACACAUCCUCGGUUCUUUUCAGAAUAUACAAUUAGCUCGUAGAGCGAUAUGUAAUUUAAUCUUAGGAAGUCCUCCUUCCAAGGUUUAUGGACAAUUAAGAAACAUAGCUAGCAAGAUAUCGGAACAAUUCUAA